AUGCAAUCAAGAGGGAAUAAUCUUAGCGCGUCUCGCAAGCACAGCGAUCGAGAUGAUGAAGCGUACCCCUCCACUAAGCGGCGUGUUCUGACCCCUGCUAGAAGAGAGCAGAACCGACUGGCCCAAAAGGCAUACAGAGAACGCCAGAAGGCAGAGAGAAUUGUUACAAAAGAAGCCAUCACCAAAGCAAGAAACAGUACCCAACCAAGACCGCUUCUGCAGCGAAAAGACCCAUGCUCCAACAGACACACCAACAACAAAUCAUCACCACCUGACGAAGAUGAAUCUCAGAGCAUACAAGAACUGGUUCCCUUCAACGGUACCUCAUCCUCAGACACAGAUUCACAAAAAUCAUCGAACUUUCCCGACGUCUAUCUCAACAUGCUCCAGUUCUUCCCAACAGCCUUCUUCGGAUCCUGCCUCGCCAACGCAGCAUCACUAGGCUUCGACCCCAAGCUUGUCGCAAACUGCGGCGCAGAGAACUUCUCCCCAUUCCAUCAACCCAACAUCGCCGCCAUUCUCGAUCACUCAACACUCAUGCAAAGAGGCUCAGAAUUUAUCUCCACCUUUAACAACACCAGUAUCCCUAUACACUUGCGACCUACCAUGGCGCAGAUUCUCAUACCGCAUCAUAUCAGCCUGGACUUAAUCCCUCUUCCAUUUUUACGAGAACGAGCUAUCAUGCUAUCAGCAGCUUUACCACACCUCUUCAACGCCUGGGAGCUCAAACUUGAUGUUUAUGAAAGAGGUGGGCUAUUAACGUGGAGGUUGGGGCCUGGGAAAGCAGAAAGGACGAGCGAUAGUUAUCCACCUUGGGAUAUGAAGAGUUGGGAGGCUACGCCGUGGUUCUUGAACAAGUGGUGUUCCGUCAUUGGACCAGAGUAUGAUGAUCUUCAUCAGCAGAGUAUUGGUUGGCAGGUGGUACGCGACAUGAUAGUCUCUAAACAUUCUGAAGUGGUGGAAAUAUGA